GCACUUUAGAGUAAAGGAUAAGCCUGCAUGUGAGCGCUACAAAUGAGCUUGGGUAUUUGUACUGAACAAUAGGGACAUGGUAACAAAGAGACAGCAUUUUGAAGCUGCAUCCCCCCUUAGGCAUGAAGGGAUAAGGAAUGUGUAGGCAUUGCUGGCUUCUCUUUAUUGAAGGAGUAAAGGGAAGGGAGCACACACCUCUGCCUUGGGAGGUAAACUUUAGCUCUGGGCUUGUGGCAGCCAAUGCUGGUGUGCCUGCUCGUGCUGGGAGACUCUCAGGUGACAAGCCCUCAGGUACACUGUACUAUGACUUCAUAGGGGUGGAGCAACGGGCUGUACAGGUGUCUGCCUUAGCUAGGUUACUAGUAUAGACACAGCUGAUCCGUUCCAGGGAGAGCUGACUCAUUCCAUUGCUGGAUCUAGGGUCUGGCACAAUAAAACUGGGGCAAACAAGUAAAAUAAAUCCAAUGACUUGCAAUGGAAGCCAAGGAAGGCAAUGGGAAGGAUAUAUCUACAGCAUUGCCGAAGAAAAGGAAUCUCACGUUCCUGAAAAGUAGAUUGUACAUGUCAGAGAGAAGGAAAACUGACACCAUUGUGGAGCCCAGUAAUAAUGUGGAUUGUGGGAACUCAGGCACCUUGCGCAGGAGCCAGUCUGACAGAACAGAGUAUAAUCAGAAGCUAAAAGACAAAAUGGCCCCAAAUGUUUCAUCAUCUGCCCCAGUAUCCCCAACGCAAUCUUCAGAAGACCUGCAACAGACCAAGAUCAUUAAAAGGACUAAGAUUAUAGGUGAGCUGAUCCAGACGGAGAAGGACUAUCUGAAUGACUUGGAGCUUUGUAUCAGAGAAGUAGUAAAGCCUCUUAGAAGCAAUCAUUGGGAGCAGAUAGAUGUGGAUGCCUUGUUCAGCAACAUUGAAUCUGUUUGCCAGAUCUCAGCUAAGCUGGUAUCACUUCUUGAUGAAGCCACAACAAACGUGGAACCUGAACUUCAAGUGAUAGGGGAAGUGUUCUUGGAGAUUAAGUGCCCAAUGGAAGAUGUAUAUAAAAUCUACUGUUACCAAAAUGAUGAAGCUCACACUGUGCUGGAGUCUUAUGAAAAGGAUCCUGAAAUAAAGGAGCAUUUAAAAAAUUGCACACAGGCCUUGAAAAAGAUUUAUGAAGAUGAGGGCAAACCAAACUUGUUGGACAUGGGAUCUCUCAUGAUUAAGCCGAUUCAGCGUGUGUUGAAAUACCCGCUCUUGUUAUGUGAACUGCUGAACUCAACACCUCAGUGUCACCCGGACUAUAAACCACUUCAAGAUGCAUUUAUUGCAGUCAGAACCACUAAUAUGAACAUCAAUGAACUGAAAAGAAGGAAAGAUCUAGUGCAGAAAUACAGGAGAGCAGAUGAAGAAGAAUCUCUGAAAGACAAGCUUUCCAAGCUCAGUAUCCACUCGAUAACUAAAAAAUCCAAAAGAGUAACCAGCCAUCUUAAGAUUUUGUCUGGCAGAGAACAGGUGAAAGACCAAAUAUUUAACAAGGAAGAAAAAAUAUUCAGAAGUUUGGAAAAGACUGUGAGACUGUGUGUAAAGAACAUUUCAUUUACCAUUCAACAUAUGCAGGACGCAAUGCCCCUGGCUGCCCAAGGUGUUUUGGAGAUUGAUCACAUUCUGCAUGAUGAUAACUACAACAGCAACCAAGACCUGAAUAACCACAACAAAAUUGGAGAACAGCAUAGGAAUUUUGUUAACAGACUAGAACAACUUGUCUAUACACCACUGAGCACACUUCAUGCUAUGUUUCCUAUGCCCCAGAAGCUAAUUCAGAAGCGCUAUGAUAAACUUUUAGACUAUCACAGUUGUCUACAAAAGCCACCUGAUGGUGUGUUGGAUCAGGCACGGAAAGACUAUGAGGCUCUAAACGCUCAGCUGGUAGAAGAACUGCAAACCUUUAACAAGGCCGCCCGUAAAAUCCUCUCCAAUUGUUUGUACUUCUUUAUUACUCUUAUGAGGGAACUUUUGUCUGCUGCACUGGAGUCGACUUCCAACAUUGCCGACGAUUUCAUGAUCUGCGGAAAUGUGAAUCAUGUCCAGCAACACAUCAUCGAAGAACUGCAGAAUCUCAACUUUUUUAAGGAAAACAGCACUGCCACAUUUAUUGAGAGAAAACUGAGCUUUGAGAGGAAGAAAACUCUUUCCCCUUUGCCUGAACUCCCUCGGCAGUCUGAAAGCCACAGGAGCAAGCUAUUGUCUACUUAUGGAGCGGAGAAACUUUAUCAGGCAAAGCGCAAGUGUAACGCUUCCCAGGAGCUUGAUAUAGAUCUCUAUGAGGGAGAACUGGUGGCUGUUGUUGAGGACAAGGAUCCCUUUGGAAGUACCAGCAGGUGGCUUGUGGACACGGGAAUUGUACAAGGAUAUGUCUAUUCCUCCUUUCUGAAACCUUAUAAUCCAGGAAAAAUGCAAAAGGACUCACCCGACAGCGCCUUCUGUGAUGAUGAUUUUGAUAACUUCAGCCUUUUUGUCUCACCGCGGCCAGCCCGGGACAGAAAUAGCCGAGCUUCUGUGGGGAGUACAAGUGAAAGUAGUCCCUCCAUUAAUGGGGAUGAUGACAGGCUUCAUGAAUGUGAUGGGGACAGUUGUUUCAAUGGAGAUGAUAACAAAAUUUUCUAUGCCGUUUAUGCUUUUGAAGCUCGAAGUCAACAGGAGCUCAGCCUUCAAGAAAAUCAGCGAGUCAGGAUCCUUCAGUUCUCAGACUUGAGUGGAAACAAGGAAUGGUGGCUUGGAGAAGCACAAGGCCAGAAAGGUUAUGUGCCAGCUAACUACCUAGGCAAGAUGACAUACGCUUAAGAACUUUAAAUGUGUUAAACAAGGAAGAUAAGCACUUGGAUAAUGAUUGGUUUUCUGGGGGAACAUAUACAACAUGAAGGUCUUUAUGAGUAUGUCAACAUAUCUGGUCUCCAACAGUCAGGGAUAUCCUAUUUGUGACCCUCCUCUUGUUUUCAGACCAUAGCUCCCAUAAUCCCUUUUACUGCUGAGGAAUGCUAGGAAUACUUGUUCAAAAUCAAGUGGGUAAUCCCCAAACGUAGACCAUGUUUACCAUAACUUGUUAGCGCAUUCCGGCAGGAUUGCUCAUUGUAUAAUUUAUUUUUAUUGAAUGCACUUAAUUGUUUUUUUUUUUAGAAUGAAUGUGAAUCACCAUGUAUGCCGCUGAUAGGUGCAUCAUGCUAACCUACAUACAGAACCCAUGUUUUGCUCUCCGUUAGUAUUCUGAAAAGCUGCUACAUGUAUCAUGUUCUGAAAAACUUGGUACAUUUAACCGACUGCCCUACUUUCAUUUAAGCACAGGUUUUAUAAAAUGCACCUUUCUAAUUUAGCAGACAUUUCUAUUUAGGCUUCUAGUAAUGGAAACAGGUUCAGGGUUAACAGCAAAGCACACAGACAAGGGUAGGGUAGUACUUACUACUUAAACAUGCAACCAAUAACCUCAGAAAUAUUGUUUACCUGUGCAGUACAUAUCAUAUUCUCCUUCAAGGUACAAAGAGCAUUCUGUGUGUUUUUAUUAUGGCUGUUCUUUGCUAUUGACUUCAACUUCUUAAUGUCAAUCCAUGCAGUAGGUUAAAGCGAUACUGUCAUGGGAAACAUGUUUUUUUCAAAACACAUCAGUUAAUAGUGCUGCUCCAGUAGAAUUCUGCACUGGAAUCCAUUUUUCAA